CAGAGCCCAGCAAGUGCAGAUGUCAUAGAUCAACCAAGAUCACAAAGCUUCAUCACCUCAGCAGAGUGAAGACGUUUGUUAGCGUAGCGCCCUCGUACCCUAGUUUAAUUAAUUAAAAAAGUGUUUCUCAGUCUCAUUAAGUGUCUCUCGCCCUUUAAAUUUCUCUCUAUCGUCUCUCUGGACGCUCCAGGUCUUGACGGUGUAUCCUGACUGUCUGACCGCCCCCGACCAUGAUCGACGCUGCGGCUGAACUGCCAUUCUUCUACGGCAGCAUCAGCCGCUCGGAGGCCGAGCAGCACCUGAAGCUGGCCGGCAUGAGCGAUGGCCUGUUCCUGCUGCGCCAGUGCCUGCGCAGCCUGGGCGGCUAUGUGCUGUCGCUGGUGUGGAACCUGGAGUUCUACCACUACCCCGUGGAGAAGCAGCUGAACGGGACCUUCUGCAUCUCGGGAGGAAAGCCGCACUGCGGGCCGGCGGAGCUCUGCGAGUACUACAGUAAGGACGCAGACGGGCUGGUGUGCAUGCUGAGGAAACCCUGCCUCCGCACCGCAGAAACACCCAUCAAACACGGCGUCUUCGACAACCUGAGGGACAACAUGCUGAGAGAAUACGUCAGACACACCUGGAACCUGGAGGGAGAAGCAAUGGAGCAGGCCAUCAUCAGCCAGGCCCCGCAGCUGGAGAAGCUGAUCGCCACCACGGCCCAUGAGAAGAUGCUCUGGUACCACGGCAAAAUCCCGCGGCAGGAGGGCGAGAGACGCCUUUACUCUGGCUCUCAGCCAGACGGCAAGUUUCUGGUGAGAGAACGAGACGAAUCGGGCACCUUUGCUCUGUCAGUGAUGUACGGUAAAACAGCCUACCAUUACCAGGUCCUGCACGAUAAAUCGGGCAAAUACUCCAUGCCAGAGGGAACCAAAUUUGACACUGUGUGGCAGCUGGUUGAGUAUCUGAAGAUGAAGCCUGAUGGUUUGGUUACGUUGCUGCGAGAGGCCUGCGUGAACCAGAACAACGCCAGCCAGACUCCAGCAGUUCCAGCAGGAAGAAGAGCCAGAGGGAAUGGAUACACACCGCCCCCUGAAGUUCCUGGAGCGUUUAAGGUCGUGACCACUGGUGGACGCAGUCUGCCCAUGGACAGUGAUGAGUUCGUCAGCCCGUACGCUGACCCGAAGGAGCUUCAGGAUAAAACACUCUUCAUCAAGCGUGAGAAGCUGAUGGUGGACGAGGUGGAGCUGGGCUCCGGAAACUUCGGCUGCGUGAAGAAAGGAGUGUAUAAGAUGAAGAGUAAGCACAUAGAUGUGGCCAUUAAGGUUCUGAAGAGUGAGAAUGAGAAGGCGGUGAAGGACGAGAUGAUGCGUGAGGCUGAGAUCAUGCACCAGCUGGAUAACCCCUAUAUUGUGCGCAUGAUCGGCCUGUGCCAGGCUGAGGCUCUGAUGCUGGUGAUGGAGAUGGCCCCUGCAGGGCCCCUCAACAAGUUCCUCUCCUCCAAAAAAGAUCAGGUGUCGGUGGAGAACGUGGUGGAGCUGAUGCACCAGGUGUCGUUGGGGAUGAAGUAUCUGGAGGAGAAGAAUUUUGUACACAGAGAUUUAGCAGCUCGUAAUGUCCUGCUGGUCAACCAGCAUUACGCCAAGAUCAGCGACUUCGGCCUGUCCAAGGCUCUGGGGGCAGACGAUAACUACUACAAGGCUCGCACAUUGGGCAAAUGGCCUCUAAAAUGGUACGCGCCAGAGUGCAUCAACUUCCACAAGUUCUCCAAUAAAGGUGACGUCUGGAGCUAUGGAGUCACCAUGUGGGAAGCCUUCUCCUACGGAGGAAAACCUUACAAGAAAAUGAAGGGUCCAGAGGUGAUCAGCAUGAUACAGAAUGGCAAUCGCAUGGAGUGUCCAGCUGGCUGCCCGGAGGCCAUGUACGAAGUGAUGAAAGACUGCUGGACAUACAAGUAUGAGGAGAGGCCUAGUUUUGUGAAGGUGGAGGAGAAGAUGAGGACCUAUUAUUACUCCUGUUCUAAGAAGGCUGCCGCUGAGGCAAACGCAGAAAAGGCUGAAAAAGCAGAAAAGACUAAAGCUGAUAUUUAGCAAAUCUCAGGACCCCAGUCUGGUGUAUCUCCCUGCUUUAAUAUCAUACCUGACACUGUUCAAGAAGUGAUGGAGAAGAGGAAUCUGCUGGGAAUCUGGAAUCUGUGAAGGACUGGGAUUGGUGACGUUUGGGAAACAGUGGUCUUCUGCAGGACCCGCUCUGAGAAAUAGCAGAUUGACUUUUGUUAUUUUUAAAAGAAUAUCUAUUUCUGUCACAUCCUGAAUGAUGUAAUGAUGUAGAUGUAAGAAAGCGAGUUUCUGUUUUCCUUUUUAAGAAUGAACGUCUUAGGCUUGCUUUACGUGUCUUUGCCACUUCAUGUUUUCCAGGAAUGUUCAAACUAUGACAAACUAUGAUGGCAAUCUGUGUGGUAAACUUGAGAAGUUACUAAAGUUGCUUGUAUGCUGAUAUUUAAAGCCCAAGAACAAACUAUCCUUUUGUUUCACUCCAAGAACCUAAAUUUCAAUGUAACAACUCUUCAGUUACAGUUCUCUCUGCAUAAUUUCAGUAUUUAAUGCUUCUAACUAAAUUCUGUGACAUUGUAGUUUGUGUAUGUUGUAAGGUUCUCAUGCAUACAUAUAAUAAACUAUUAAAAUAAAUUAAUACA